AUGCCACUCCGACAUCCGAACCCACUUCGAGCUGAAGCUGAUAUAAAUAUAAUUGAACAUUCAGCUCAUAGAAUGGAAGGGGAUGUCGGUUCGCCUCCGAGUAAAUUGGUCGAGUGUCGGAUUUGCCAUGACGAGGACGAACAUUUGAACAUGGAGACACCGUGUUCUUGUUGCGGCAGCUUGAAGUAUGCUCACCGGAAAUGCGUCCAGAGGUGGUGCAAUGUAAAAGGGGACAUCAUCUGUGAGAUUUGCCAGCAGCAAUAUAGGCCUGGUUAUAUGGCACCUCCUCCUUUAUAUCAUUAUGAAGGUGAUCCGUUGAACUUCAGAGGGAAUUGGGAGAUUUCCGGGAGAGACUUGCGAGGUCCUCAUUUUAUAGUCACAACCGAACAUGAUUUUCUGGAGCAUGAUUUUGAUGUCUACUUGUCCCCCAGUUCUCAAAGCGUGAUAUGUUGUCGCGUCGUUGCUAUAAUCUUUACGGUUCUUCUAGUCAUGCAACACGCUCUUCCGAUCAUGAUCAGUGAAACCGGAGACUAUUCUUUGGCAUCGUUCACUUUAGCAUUGUUAAAAACCAUUGCGAUUCUAUUCCCUAUAUGUAUCAUGGCUAAGGCAUUCACUGCCGCUAUCCGUCGUCGUCAACAGCACCAGGCUGAAUCAGAUGAAGAAAACGAUUUGCCGCAACCGCGGCUGCAGCUGCCGGCACAGUCACGAAUUAUUAGUGUACAUGGACCUAGUUGA